AUGUCUCUUGAUAAAACUUUAUCUAAUAAAAAAAGUAAUUUUGAAGAAUUUUUAGAUAAAAAAACUUUUCUUGAAUAUCAAAGAUUUAAAGAAAAUAAUUAUUUUAAAAAUGAAAAAAUGAAUAAUAAUUUUUAUAAAAAAUCUGAUAAAAAUUGGCCUAAUGAUCUUGAAAAAGAAUUUGGUAAUCCUACACUUAAAGAAAAUAAUCAAAUUAAAUUGUCUUUAAGUGAUUUGAAUCACAAAAUUGAACAAGAUUUAAACGAAAUGAAUAAAGAAACUUUUGAUGUUUUAAGAAAUAAUCAAGAAAAUAUUAAUCAAAAUUAUUUUCAAAUCGAAAAUAAUGAAAAUAAGCAAUAUUUUCUAAUCAAAGAUGAUAAUGAUUUAAAAAAAUUCCAUUCUUUUUCUAUCUUUGCUGAGAAUACUUACAUCACUUUUAAUUUCAUCAAAGAAAAAAAAUUUAAAUUGGAAAUUCAUAGAGUUGUUGAAGUUGUAGAUCUUGAUGGAACUCGUGAUUACGAAGAAAUCAUCAAAUUCAUAAUUUUCAAGAACUAA